AUGGCAGAGACACCACCAAAGCGUUAUAAACUUUACUUAGAACGUGAUUAUGAUCCUGCUAUGGUGAGCGAAAUUACAAAGAAACGAUGGAGUGAAAGGACUAUUUCAUUUUCAAGAGAAGUUCAUGAAUACAGACGAAAACAUAAAACUAGCGGUCCAUUGAAUAUUUUCGAUAUUACGAAUUCAAUGAAGUCUUCGAUUGUCGACGGAAAACAUAUAACAAGCAAUGUCGCUGGUGUAGACAACUGCAGAGGUAUGGAACUCGAGAACCGAAGUGAUUCGUCUACCAAGUGCGAACAAACGAAUCUUCAUCUGCAAAAUGAAGAUAUGUCAACUGACACCCAAACAAUGACUACGGAAAUUGAAAACAAUACGUUCCAACCAAAAAAACAUACUGAAUCUCUGAAACUUUCUUUGGACGGUUACGAUCGGAUCAUGUUUAAAGAAUCUAAAACGAGUAUUAAUGAUGUUAUCACAAUGAUAACUGGUUUUACGUUGAGAUUUGGCUUAUGUAAUAAAGGAAGAACGCAAUUAAUGGAAAUGUUCAAAUUAUGCGCGGGAUCUCAAUAUGAUAACGUCUCAAUAUCUGAUCAUCAAUAUAAUAAAAUAUUUGAGAUUCCUGAAGAUAAAAUGAUAGCUCAUUAUUUUUGUGCAAAAUGUACAAGGAUAAUUUAUAUAUCGCCAAAGAAAUCAAUCAAAGAUUCUGAAGUCAUUUGUGAUCAAUGUGAAGAAAAAAUUCGAUUAAACUCUCUCAAUGAAAAUUAUUUUUUAUCAAUUAAUGUUGAGUAUCAAUUAAAAGAACUUUUAAAAUUAAAAAAACAUUUAUUCUGCAAUCGUUUCAAUAAUAAAUACGGUGACAACUCUCAAAUUACAGACAUUACGGAUUCAGAAUUAUUUGUAAACUUUGCGAAUAACAAUGAAAAAAUCAUUUACUUAAAUGUCAGCACUGAUGGAGCACCAAUAUUUAGAAAAUCAAAAAGGAGCAUGUGGCCUUUACAAAUACUUGUCAACAAUUUGCCGCCUAGACUAAGAUUCAAAAAUGUCAUUAUUGCAGGGUUUAUGAUAGUUAAACAUGAACCUACUCCAGAAUUAAUGAAUUUGUACAUGGAAAGUUUUAUUAAACAAAUUGAAAACCUUAACAGUAAAGGGUUCAAUGUAGUUGACAAUAAUAUCGAAAGAAAUCAAACGAAAAUCAAAAUUGCAGUUUCUAAUUUCUCUACGGACUCAGUUGCUCGUGCAUUAUGUCAAAACAGAGUGAAGCAUAGUGGAUACUUUGCUUGCAGCUAUUGUUAUAUAAUGGGAGAAACAUCUGAUGGAGCAAGACAUUUCCCAUUCAGUGCAUCAAUUGAAGAAUUAAGAACGCAUGGUUCACAUAUGAAAGAUGUUGCAAAGUGCAUUGAGAAGAGGCCAAAACUGGGAUGUCGCGGCGUAAAAGGACCAUCAGCAUUAUCAUCUUUGCCGAAUUUCGAUAUGGUUUGGAGUUUUCCGUUCGACAGUAUGCAUACUUGGGAUUUAGGAGUAACAAAAUUUUUGUGGGAAUUGAUACUAAAAGGCUUAAACAAAGACGAAAGAUUAAGACUAGAUGAAAUGAUAAAUAAUCUCAAACCACCUCGCACAGUUGGGACUCUUCCAAAAAAGUUUACUGACUUUAAUAAUUUUAAAGCUAAGGAUUUUAAUGCUUUAUUAUUAUUUUAUAGUAUACCUAUCGGAUUGGAUAUAUUUUGUGAUGACAUAAUUUAUCUACUUGCACUGUUGUCAAAAAGUUUGUUCAUUUUAUUACAGCACGAAAUAUCUGAAGAUGAAUUGAUUGAGUGUGAAAGGAUAUUGAUAAUAUUUGUUGGUAGUUUUCAAAAAUUUUUUGGGGAAUCAAAAAUGAGGUUUAACGUCCAUUUAUUGUUACAUGCAGUUGAUUCAGUACGUAAAAGUGGUCCAUUAUGGGCCAAUUAUACAUAUCCUCAUGAAGGUAAUAUUCAUUUUUUAAAAAUGCUUGUAAAUGGUGCCAAAGGUGUUGAUCUUCAAAUAAUUAAAAAAUCAAUAACUAUUACCAAAUUUAAAUCAGAAUUUUACGAUAAUAAUAGAAUUACAAAUGAAAAAGUAAAUAUUUACUGUAAAAAUCUUUUUUCUAACUCUAAAGAACCAUUGACUGGAAAUUUGCACAAUGGUGUUCUUUAUAAUGAAUCUGACAAUGUAAAAUUUGAUUCUACUUCAAAUAGAAAAUAUUACGAUAAAUGCGUUUAUAAUAAGAUUAUCUAUAGUACAAUGUUUUAUAAUAAAACUAAUAAGUGGGAUGAUAGCUAUAUACAACUAAAAUCUGAUGCCAAGCAAUUAAAUAUAGAUGGUGUUGUAAUGACUCGCGUAUGGAAAAUUGAAGCAAAACAAAAUACAGUUAUUACAACAUCUUUAGAAAAUGUACUUCGUAAAGUUAUUUAUAUUAAAGGCGAAAAUUUUGAUUUUAUAACUGUACAGCCUAUCGUUACCAACGAGUCGAAUAGAAUCGAAUUGAAACAAAUAGAAAAACUGGCGUUUCAAAAGUUGGAUUGA